GGCGCAUGCGUGCCAGUUGUGUUAUGGAGCCCGCGAACCUUCUCCGUGCUCAUGCCGCUCUUUGUUUGCUGUUUGCCGUGGUGCUGACCCACGGCGUUACCUCGGAAAGCCAGCAGAGCUGCCACCACUACGCCGGGGGCCAUGUAUAUCCAGGGGAGGCUUUCCGGGUGCCCGGCGCCGACCAUUCGCUGCAUCUCAGUAAAGCCAAGAUUUCAAAACCUGCACCAGAUUGGGAAGGCACAGCAGUAAUAAAUGGAGAGUUCAAAGAACUUAAACUUGCAGAUUUUCGAGGCAAAUACCUUGUCUUCUUUUUUUACCCACUUGACUUCACAUUUGUUUGUCCCACUGAGAUAAUAGCCUUCAGUGACAGAAUAAAUGAGUUCAGAUCAAUUAAUACUGAAGUGGUGGCAUGCUCUAUUGAUUCUCAAUUUACACAUUUGGCAUGGAUAAAUACACCAAGAAAACAAGGUGGACUAGGACCAAUGAAGAUCCCACUCCUCUCCGAUCUUACACACCAGAUUGCAAAGGAUUAUGGUGUGUAUUUGGAGGACCAAGGGCAUACACUUAGAGGCCUUUUUAUUAUUGAUGACAAAGGACUACUGAGGCAAAUAACAAUGAAUGAUCUUCCAGUGGGUCGGUCAGUGGAUGAAACACUUCGAUUAGUUCAAGCAUUUCAGUAUACCGAUACACACGGUGAAGUUUGUCCAGCUGGUUGGAAACCUGGAAGUGAUACGAUAAUUCCAGAUCCAGCUGGAAAGCUGAAGUAUUUUGAAAGAGAACGUUAAAUCUAAUCUCAAAUCUGUUUUUAAUCAACUGACCUGAAACAAUAAACGAGUCAGUAAUCUGCU